AUGGAAAAGCCCUCGACAAUGUUGAUCGAGCAGUUACAAAACGUCCACGCCCGUCAACGGAAAGUUAUUCAACAACUUCAGGCAGAUAACGCUAGACUGCUCAGCGAUCUCGUUGAAAUUCGUCGGGAGAGAGACGCUUUCCGAGCAGAGGCUGCGAAGCUUCGCAAGGAGCAGGCAGAAUUGCACAACCAACUGGAUGAAACGCUAUCGGAGUAUCAAGAUUUGAGGCGCGAGCGUCUCACUCUUUCCCGCGCAUUUAGCAAUGCGUCUUCUUUUGUACGGUCAUCGAAAGCUAAUAAUAAGGCGAUGCAUGUCUUAUCAGCGUUGACAGGAGAUGAAGUGAAGAGCCCAUCUCUUGAUUAUUGCACAGGGAUGACUCACGACAGUCAGAACUCAUAUUCAAGCCGUGAGUUGCCAGAACCUGUAACAAUGGACGAGCCUGGAAUAGAUGAGCCUGUUCGCCGAAUUCGGAAGCAGCCCACGACCAUGAUGAUGCCUGCUCCAAGGGCGUCAUUGUACGCACUCGACAUGAACCGUUAA